GGCUUAAUUGGAACGUCUAAUCAUUUUCGCUUAUUUUGGAAUGCGAUAAUGGAAUUCUUGUGUGUUGUUAGCGUUCUCAAAUCUGUUGGGUUUCUCUGACACUUUCAGGCACAGUAGGCUAUGGGUAACCACUGUGCAAAGGGACAGUAUGAAGAUAAAACAAAUAGCACACAAAACUGCACUUCAGAAGUUCCGGCACAAAGGGAAGUUGUCGACUCUGGUCAGGAGCAACAACCUGUAACCUUGGAAGAACUGCGCAAGCAAAGAUUGAGACUUUCGCUUGACAUUCAAGGUGAGCAGUUGUCUUCACUGAAGGAAGCAAAGUCGUUCAGAAUUCCCCCAAACUUUGAACAGCAGCUUGAGCAGCUUAAAACUGUGCCUUCAUCUUUGUCGAGAGAAGUAAAUACAACCAAAGGUCCGAAAAUUCCGAAAACAAACCGAGAAGAAUGCCGUGUAUCGUCAAACGAAUCCAAGGAGAAAAGCAAGUUUUGUGACAAGGUGGACUUGAAUUCCGGUACAUUUUGCGAUACUUCAAAUAGAGCCCACAACAUAACUCUUGGAACUAGUUGUAACUUGCAAAUCAGCUAUGGAGCUUGUUCACUGGCAGGUUGGGAACCUGUUAGAGAACUAAGGAGCAAGGAACAGCAGAGAAAGGAAAAUCAGGACUCAUUUUGUAUCGAAGUUCCCUUUGACAAUAGGCAAGAUGAAGCUUUUUUUGCCGUUUUCGAUGGACAUGGUGCCAACGGGAGGGUUGUAGCGGAAUUUGUACGAGACCAUUUGCCUGUUGAAAUUAAAGACAGCUUUAAGUUUUUUCAAAACGAAAAACAGUUAGAUAGUUGUCAAGAAGAUUCGGCUCGGAAGGUUGAUCUUUUUACUUCAACUGAUGAAAUCAUAUCUCAUGCCUAUUAUGAACUACUUGAGUCGACAUCAUUUUUAAAUCUUGUUCGCUCGAUCUAUGCUGGUUUUUUAAACUGUUCAAGAGCCCUGAUGUCUUUGAAUGAUAAAGUGGACAUUUCAAUGAGUGGAACAACAGCAGUUGCUGCUUGGUUCAAGGGUUCAUUUCUCUUUUGUAGCAACGUUGGAGAUUCGAGGUGUAUAAUAGGUCGACAGACGCAAGCGAGAAAGUACAAGUAUAUUUCGAUUGACAUGACUUAUGAUCACAAACCCGUCCGAACGGACGAAGCGUACAGAAUACAACGUUCCGGAGGUCGUAUAGAAUAUUGGGAUGGUGGUGUUGGACCUUUACGAGUCUGGUUAGCCGAAGAUUGGUUUCCUGGUUUAGCCAUGACUCGUUCCUUUGGAGAUUUGAUAGUUGAAAGUAUCGGAGUGAGUUCGGAACCAGAAGUAACUUGUAUUAGAUUGACCAGUUCUGACAGGUUUUGUAUUUUGGCAUCUGAUGGGGUUUGGGAGUUUAUGUCUUCCCAGGAAGUUGUUUAUUGGAUAGGUAGACUUAGAGACAAAUGUAGUGCUCAGUUGGCUGCCGAAAUGGUUGUCGAAGAGGCAGUAAAACGUUGGCGCAAAGAGGAUGAAGUUGUGGAUGACACAACGGCUAUUGUGUUAUGGUUGGAUUACUCGGAGGGAAUGACUCACCCAACUGUUAUGGAAAGUGGAAUAUCAGACUCGAAGAGGUUCACUGAAAGAGGUUCCUCAAUACAAGAUAAUAAUGUAUUGCUUCAAAAUUCUGUCAAAUACCUGUGGAGAAUUUUCUCUUCUGAUUAUAAUAGAAAGAACGAUAUUUAUUCCAUGGGGUAUGCACCUGUUACUAUAACUGAUAACUAUGUUCUGAAACCCUUUUCAUGCCAGAAUAUAAACUGAUGACAGUUGUCGGGUCGAGAAAUGGUUU